CCUUAACCUGCCCUGUCCUUUUUAACUUUGCUAUCCGAACAAGUCUUAGGGAGGUGCAGCAACGAGCGAACCGUCGCCCCAGUGCAUAUUUUGGUUUAUUUUUUCUACAAUUUUACGUUUCUCUGAUUCAACUAACCUGGUUCCCGGAACCAAGUGACUGCGUGGCGUUAAAAAGCUUGGACUAAUAUUAUUUGCUAGAAACGCCGGUUUGUCAUCUAUGGGCGCCUCCCCAUUUUUAUCACAACUUACAUGAAUCAACAGCGUACGAAGAAAGGUGAGGUGGGGCUGGAGGAGGUGGUGGUGAUCGUUGCCAACAUCGUGCAUGUAUGUGCUGUCCAAAUACUAGCUCGUUCACCAGCUUGCAGGUGCAUCACAUUAUGCACGGAUGCAGCAAAGGGUCACUCGUGUCUGGGUAAGUCCUUAAUCGUUCCUCUAGAUAAUAAUGAGUCUACCAGGCAUGUUCAUUCAACCGUGUCUCCUCAAUUUGACUCAAGCUCUUUGCUAGAAGAUGGGUGGAUAUCAAACUUACCAUGGGGCAGAGUUUGUAUUAUUA